AUGUCGGACGGAGGAAGAGGAGAGGAGCUUGACCCGAACGUUGAAAGCCUGAGGCUCUGCGUCGAGCAAGGCAGGACGAUCCACACCGAAGCCAACGGCUUCCGGCUGGGCGAUGGCAAGCUUCUUCCCAAGGACACAAUCUGCGAGUGCCCCUGGCUGGUCAAGGACGCGGAGACGAGGCAGAUGGUGCUCGAGUGCGCCAGGCUGGCCACGCUUGUGCUCCUGGUUCAGAGCCCGCCGGGGCACACGUGGUCACAGUACAUGCAAGCGUCGAAGAGGGCAAGGGUUCCGGCCCUCUCCCUGUGGUCGUUCAAAAGCGCUCAGAGAUUCUUCUCGUUGGGCGCCAGCGCCUCCCCUUCCCCCGCCCGAGCCACCCUGAACCACGCCAGCCGGACGCCGAGAUCGUCUUCGAUCCGUCGUGCCGGCGGCGGCGUGUCGCCGUCCUCGAUCUCCCCGAAGCCGUUCGCUCGCAAGUCCGGGUUUGGUUGGGGGGCGAGGCGCUUGUUCUCCGGGCAAGGCUCUGCUGCCGCCGGUGGCGAGGGCGUGGCCGGUGAUGAUGGUGAGAGCGACGCCGGGGUGAGUGAUGGCGCUGUCGACGGUGACGUUGCUGACGCGCGCAGCACCGCCGGGCUCGAGACGAAGGAGGACUGCGAACCGCUGCCGCAACCACAAGAGCAAGAGCAAGAGGGGCUCGAGCAGCAGCAGCAGGAGGAGGAGGAGGAGGAGGACGAGCAUGAGCGAGAGCUGGAGCUUGAGCUGGAGCACACGGUUGCGCAGCCGCUGGUGACGAUAAUGGAGUCGUCGCCGCCGCCAUCGUCGCCAUCUUCCGCAUCGUCAUUGGAAGACGAAACGAUUCCAGGACCGGAGCAAAGCUCAGCAGCCGCUGUGGGCUCUCCCGGACCUUCCCCCUCCACCGCACCAGGAUCAACAAGAGCGGGAGUUGGCCCAGGUCUGGCGGUUCACGAAGAGGAGAGCUCGGAUCCCGGCACCACCGCCGCCGCCGCCGCCGCCGCCGCCGCAGAUCCUGCCACGGUUACGCCGACUAACCCGCUCGCUAGUCCCCCGAGCACGCCGACCGCCAGCGGUAGCGCCCCCGACACUACCGGCGGUACCGCCUCCGUCGCCAGCCCCUUCGUCACUCUGAGGAGCGCUGCCGGUGCGACAACGAAGACUGGAGAUCCCGCUGCCGCCGCGGGUAACCGUGAGACGGCCGCGGCCGUAGAGGUCGCCCCGACGGGGCCCCUGAACGAAGAACCGGCGGCGGCGGCGGCGGUUGCAGAUUCUCUGGCGGCGGAGUGGCCAGACGAAGCAGGAGCGGCGGAGGGAUCCCUCUGCGACCCAGGAGGGAUGGCAAGGGAGUCUGUUCGCGGUGUAGAAGCCGCAGGGUCUCCGAGCGAGCUAUUCGCGGAACUCGACUCUCCGACCGGAGCACGGGCAAUGGCUCCGCCGCCGUCGCCGUCCUCGCCGACCCCGCCCCCGCCGCCGCCGUCGACCACCCCCCGCUGCUCCCCGUCUUCCCCCCCCGGCGCCGGCGCGAAGGGCACCAGCACGGCGGAGGUGUUAACCCGCCUUGAGGGCCAAGAAGCGUGGGAGAGGUCUGCGAACUCGAAGAUGUCAUCGCUGGGGGUGGAGAUGGUGGAGUUCAUGGUUUUGCCGGGAGAUGGAAGGCGGGUGCCGGUCGUGGUUUCCCCCCGCGGCGGCGGCGGCGGCGGCGGCGGCGGCGGCGGGAGGCGGACCCCGCCGCCUCCCGCCGGCGGCCGCUAUUUGGUGUCACCUCUUGAGGCGGUCGAGCCCGGAGGCGCCUUGCGCAGCAUGCGAGAGUCGUCGGCGUCGUCGUCUUCGGCGUCGUCGUCGGUGGGGGCGGGGGACAGGGUGAGUCUCCGGAGAGAGGAGCUGGCGGUGGCCAAGCAGGGGGCGACGCGGUUGGGUUCCCUGGUGAAGACGAAGUCGGGCCAAGUGGGCACGGUCCGAUUCUGCGGCCUUACGGAGUUCGCCACGGGACUGUGGCUCGGCCUGGAGCUGGACUUCCCCGAGGGGAAGAACGACGGGUCCAACCAGCUCAAGAGGCGGCACUCCGUCAACAGCAACCCACCGCUAUCGCGGAGCGGUUCCCCUACCGCCGCUGCUGCCGCCGCCCACCGGAAGGAGCGAGAGAGAACGCCUGGCCUGUCUUCGGAGGGUGACAAGGUCGUCCAGAAGAAGGCGAAGCUGGUCGGCGACAAGGGCAGCGCGCCGGUGCUGGGAGCGGCGGACGUCGCCUCGAUGAAGAAGGGAGCGGUCGCGGAGAAGAUCGCGCUCAUGGAGGCGACGUUCUCGUCGACCUCCGCUGCCGCUGCUGCAUCGACCCCGCGCGCCGGCCCGGUCACCGGGAAGGGCAACGACCCGGGCUGGGCGAGGCUUAACGCCACCGGCAGCUGGUCGAGUAACGGCAGCUGGCGAUCAGCCGGGGGGUCUACCCCCGCCGAUACGGACCCGAGUCCCAAGGACGCCGGUGACGCCGGUGCCCCCGCCGCCCCCGCCGCCGCCGUGGUCGGCGUUUUUUCCUUCUCGAAGGUGAACGACUCGGCGGCGACAGCAAUCCCCCCGGCCGAGACAGAGGGCAGCUCAAACGCGGCGGUAUCAGUUGCCGGGGCGAGUUGCGGCGCGCCGAGCAGCCUUGUUUCGAGAACGGACGACCAGACCGUGCCGUCGGCGUCUGCCGCCGAUACCGGCGACGGUGCUUCCGCCGCCGCCGCCGCCGCCGCCCCCGGGGGGUGUGUGCCUGGCGAUGGUAGCACGGCGACCACCGUUGCUGUGGAGAGCAACCCGGGAGGUUAUACUCCACGGCCCCAUACCGCUCCCUACGGUGACACGGGCGGGCCUGGCAGCAGCGGCGACGCUUUCGGAACGACGGCUUCGGAGUCGGGGGUGGCAGACGUCGCCGAUGUCGAGCUGGGUGCGGCGGCCGAGCCGGACAACCGGGAAGGCGUCUCCGCUGUGCAGGCUAUCAACGCUGAUUCGGGGGCUGGUGGACUGGCCCGCGAUGAUGCGCCGGAGGCGCAAGCGUUGGGCGCGGAGGCAGGAAGAGAACUCGGUUGCCAGGGCGGUGUGUUGGUGCCGCCAGAGACCGACGAAGGGGAAGGCGUUGGGCCUGGACACGACGAAGUAUCAGAGCCUGGUGCGGAAGAAGUGGAAGUUGGUGAAAGCGAGAGUGGGUCCACUGCGGGCGUGGGAGACGCUGGCGGGGAUGGUCUAGACGUGUCGGACGGCCUGUUGCCGCCGUCAGAGACCGGCAACGGCUCCCUCGAGCAUGGCCAUGAACAAGCAGGGGCUGAUGGGGAAGGUGUGAGCGAAAGCGAGAGCGAAAGCGAAGGCGAGAGCGAGGGCGAGAGCGAGGGCGAAAGCGAGAGCGAAAGCGAGAGCGAAAGCGAGAGCGAAAGCGAAGGCGAGAGCGAGGGCGAAAACGAGAGCGAAGGCGAGAGCGAAGGCGAGAGCGAAGGCGAGAGCGAAGGCGAGAGCGAAGGCGAGAGCGAAGCCAGUGCAGCCGAUGCGGGCGCGGAAGACGUUGGCGAUGAUCCGGACGCUUCGGUCGGUUCGAUGACGCCGUUGGCGACCGACGACAACACCCUCGAGCAUGGGCACAAAAAAUCCGAGGCUGAUGGGGAGGAAUUGAGCGAGAAAGACUCGAGUGUAGCCGAUGCGGGCGUGGGAGACGUUGGCGAUGAUCCCGGCGCUUCGGCAGGUGUGUUGACGCCGUCAGCGACCGACGAGAACACCUCCCGGCAUGACCAUGAAGAAUCAGAGGCUGAUGGGGCGGCGGUGAGAGUGGGCGAAAGCGAGGGCGUUGCUGCGGACCCGGGGCACGUUGGCGAUGAUCUGGACGCACCUGACGUCAUGAUGAUGCCGUUUGCGACUGACGACGACAGCUUCCAGCACGGGCAUGGAGACUCAGAGGCUGAGGGGGAGGCAGUGGAAGAGGGCGGUACGGGCAUGGGACACGUUGAUGAUGACCUUGACGUGUCGGAGACUCUAGCAGCGACAUACGAAUCCGAAGACGAUAUUUCCCGCUCAGGGGGUGCCAGGGAGAACGUACGUGGAGAAUCAGAGGCCGAGGGGGCAGAAGAAAGCGUGAGAGAACCGAGUCCCAUGGAGGGUGGUGGCCACGGCGUUGGCGGGAUCGUGGGUAGUGACGGAAGCAGAGCGCCGGGCCGCGGUAAGCGCCUCGCAGCGUGCUGCCUCGGCGUAACCGUGCCGAUUGCCGUGAUCGUGAUGAUGCUGGCGGCGGGGGCGGCGCUGAUCGCCGGACCGCCCGCCACCCCGACAAUCAUCCCCGCUACCCUCGACCGCGCGUUCGGGGCGGCGAUGGACGCAGCCUCCCGCGUCAUGCCAACAGGCGGCGGGGGCGGCGAGAUGACCGAGCGUCUUCGCGGCGCCCUACGGGAUGCGUACUUGAGUGUCGUGGACCCAAGCGCCCCAGGUCCGACCGACUCGGGGAGCGGGGCGGCAGCGGGGCAGGAGGAGGAAAAGAAUAAUGCCCCCGUAAGCACGGAGGAAAGCUUACCGCCCCGUAGGCGAGGAAAGGUGGGACCGCCGGUAUUGUCCGAGAAGCAGGGGAGGGUUAGGCCGGCCCAGUCGGAGCCGACCCCUAGGGCGGGGCAAGAGGCCCGUAGCGAGGACGGAGGCGUUGCUGCCGCGGGCGAGAGGCCCGAGCGGCGCCACCUUCCCCUGGACGAGAAGGAAGGGCGCGCAGGUCGGCGUCGCCAAGAGAUUACGGCCGGCGGCGGCGGAAGCGGCGGGGAGCUCCACGAUCGGGAGCUGCGGCUGCCGCUGGACGACGGAGGAGCGGAGGCGGGGGCAAGGGUGGCCACGACGACGGUGCCGCCGAAGGCGGCCGUCAGCUCUGUGUCGAUACCUUUACCCGACGGCGUCGGCCUCGAAGAGACGGCCACGGCGGCGGCGGCGGCGGCGACGGACGGGAAGGCGCCGCCCGACGACCUGACAGAAGUCGAAGCGACCGCCGUGACUACUCCGACACUCGUCGCUGUCUACCGGGCAGCCUUGGCUGAUAGACCGUUCGACGCACGGGUUUUAGCUGUUGCCGAGGGUACCGGAGCAGCGACAUCGGCGGUGGCACGAGGGCCGGUGCCGGAGGCUGCAGUGCCCCCCGAGGACGGCGGCAGCGGCGGCGGCGCUACAUCGACGGAGGAGGCGUUAUCGGGUGCCGCCAGGGACGAAGGCGACCACGAGUUGCCCGGAACGACGGCGGAGGGUUCCAGGACCGCUGCUGCUAUUGCUGUGCUGAUGUCGUCCCCGACUGUUGGCGUUGCCGGUGAGGCCGGCCCGCCGAAACGGAGGGCGGCGAAAACGCCGGCGGAUGGCGCGGAAUCGGCGCCGAAGCCGACGACCACCGGUUCGGUGACCAACGGGACGCCUGACGGCAUCGGCACGGGCGAGGGCGCCGACGAUGACAAGAGCGAGAGCGACGAGGCAGCAGAGGGGAUCGCAGCCGUGACGGGGGCGGCGGCGACGGAAAGCCUGACGGCCGGCGACAACAGCGCCACGGACAAUCUCGACGACGAUAAGAAGAGCGCCGAGGGAAAAGAGCGGAUCUCAGCGGCAGAGGCUGCGGGUGUUCUUCUUCAGGAGGAAACGGGCUCGGUGGGGGUUGAGGAGGGACGGACGGAUGCAGCGAACAGCAAUCUCGGCGAUGGCGACGACGGCGACACGGGCGAGAAGAGCACCGAGGGAGAAGAGCGGAUCGCAGUGGAAGAGGCUCCUGGUGUUGUUCAUCAGGAGGAAGCAGGCUCGGUGGAGGUGGGGGAUGAGGACGACGGCGACACGGGCAAGGAGAGCACCGAGGGAGAAGAGCGGAUCCUAGGGGCAGAGGAUGCGGGUGCUGUUCUUCGGGAGGAAAUGAGUUCGGUGGAGGUGGGGGAUGAGGACGACGGCGACACGGGCAAGGAGAGCACCGGGGGAGAAGAGCGGAUCGAAGUGGAAGAGGCUGCGGGUGUUGUUCUUCAGGAGGAAGCAGGCUCGGUGGAGGUGGGGGAUGAGGACGACGGCGACACGGGCAAGGAGAGCACCGAGGGAGAAGAGCGGAUCCCAGGGGCAGAGGCCGCGGGUGCUGUUCUUCCGGAGGAAACGGGUUCGGUGGAGGCUGGGGAGGGACGGACGGAUGCAACGACGGCGGGGGUUGUGGAGGGAGGAGGGAAUCAGGACGGGGUCGACGACGAGGACGAGGAGAGGGAAGACGUGGCCGAGAUGGGACCGGGAGCGGGGGAAGAGAACGACUCCGAGCCGUCGCUCCCGGGGUUCAUGCGGCCCGAUGGGGGCAUGGUCACCGUGGAGUUCUUGACCGGGUGCAGGGCGGCGAAGAUCGCCCCCGGCCUGUCGGAGGGGUGCGAGUCAACCCCGAUGCUGCUGGGGCACACCGGAAAGAACUUGAUGGAGCUUAUCAGGCCGGGGAAGAAGGGCAAGGUGGCCUGGAGAUCCCGCAAGUCUCUCAUCAAGAUAGCCAAGCAGUCCGUGGCGUCCAAGGUGUCCUCCCUGUUCCGCCGCAGAAGCGAAUCUCCGGAGGGGGGGGGACCCUCGGGACCCGUCCCCCCCCAGGCCAUCGCCGGCCUUUACCUAAGGGAAACCUCCGACGGCAGGCUGGCCUUGAUGAAGAAGGAUCCCUCCGGCGGGAGCGGCGGCGUUGGCGACGGUGAUAUGGAUGGCGAAGACCUCGGUGGGGCGGCGGGACACGACGUGGAGGAGUUCGGGGUUUUGCUGGGAGGCGUUUCGGGGGCGGGAGCGGGGGCGGGAGAGGUCGGUGGUGGAGUGGGAGAUGGCGGGGUCGACGGAGAGGAGAAGUAUGCAGCGAUGCUCACCCCGGGCGGGGGCCUGUGCGUCUUCGGCACCCGCGGCGGGGUGCGGUGCAUGUCCCGGGGUGUCCACCGCUGGGCGACUCACGCCACGGGAGGCGAAGUUGCGUAA